CUUUCCUGCAUCCGGGCGUGGGUGGGCUGGCUCUGAAGCCUCGCGAGCGGCAUGGAGGUCCACGGCGAACCCCAGUGCAGCCCGGGCUCUUCCUCGUCCCCCGAGGAUGGCUCCGGGGUCUCGGUGUCCCAGGAGCUGCUGACGGCGGGGAGCGGCGGCCGCGGAGGUAUAUGGGACAGAUUGCUCAUCAACCCCAAGCCUAAUUCCAGAAAGAAUUCCAGUCUUCAAACAGUUCGGAUAGAGAGGAGUCCCUUAUUGGACCAGGUACAGACCUUUCUCCCACAGAUGGCUCAGGCGAAUGAAAAGCUAAGAAAAGAAAUGGCAGCUGCACCACCUGGUCACUUCAAUAUUGAAAAUAUUGAUGAGACUCUUGGAAACAUUAUACAAAUGGAUGUGGCCUUGUUUGAGAUGAAUCAGUCCGAUUCAAAAGAAGGGGACAGUUCUGAAGAGAAUUCACAGGACAGUUCCGAAUCAGAGGACGAAGAUGAUAGCAACUCUUCUGAAGUCACCGUAGAUAACAUCAAGCUUCCUCAUUCAGAAGAUGGAAAAGGCAAGAUAGAAGUCUUGGACAGUCCUGCCAGUAAAAAAAAGAAACAGUGAAAUAAAUUAUCCAAGAAGCAGGUGACCUACGCCUGCUAAUUCUGUGAAAAAGAAUGUGGCUUGCUGGUUAUUUUGCAUUUCAGGUAGAUGGUGCUUUUAUGUCACAUUGGAUGUGUUUUGUUUCUUGGAGAAACAGAAGCUGACUUUUAAGUAGUUGGACUUGGGUAGCAUUUAGGGAUCUUCUAAGAGAAGUCUGUCUUUGAUCUCAUGCUGAAGAGAUUCAGUUUAGAAAGCUUAACUAUUUUGGGUGAUGAGUGAAUUUUUUGGCAUCUUUUUUCUUCAGUAUAGACUUCAGACAUAUCAAGCUUGUUUUUUAUUUUCUUAUUGAUUUUUUUUUUUAUAAAGAGAGAGGAAGGGAGAGAGAAACAUUAAUUUGUUGUUCCACUUAUUUAUGCACUCAUUGGUUGAUUCUUAUAUGUGCCCUGACCCUUGAUUGACCUGGCAACCUUGGCAUAUCAGGACGACGCUCUAACCAACUGAGCUACCUGGCUAGAGCUUCAAACUUACUUUAAAUUAAAAAUAUGAGUCAGCUGUUCAUUUUAAAUUAUCUCAGAUAAAACAACCUAGGUGGAUUUUGUUGUUCUUAUAACAUCAAAUUUAUUUGUUAGCAUCAAAAUGAGCGAGAAAUUUUUAAGAGAAAUCCUUUUAUAAUAAAAAGAAUUACCUAGAUUUAGCUGCCCUCAGGCAUAUAUCCUCUUAUUUAAAAAUAUAUUUGUUUCCAGUUUGAGCUGGAAAGCUGGUUCUCUGUGGGUUUAAUCACCGUUGGUACCUCUGCAGUCACUCAAUGGCUAUAAAGCUUACUGGUUGGAAAAAUUCAUGUUUUGUUGUUGUUUUCUUUUUUUCAUAAAGCAAAUUUUUUUCCUCAGCUACACAGUUGCUCAUGGUUUGAAACCUAUCAAAUGUAGAAACUAUAGGGACACCACAGGAAAAAACAGGGCACAGAAUUUUAAAAAGUUAACAGCUGUUUUCUCAUUCAAAGCCAAAAACGGUCCACUGAAGUUGACUUUCUGCUCCAUUCUUGACCUUGUUAAACUGUUUCAGAUCUCAUCUGCCAUGGGGCUGGCUUUGCUGAGGAUAUGGAUAUUUUGUCCUCUAAUGUAGAGCUUUCUUUUAAAUAUUUUUCUGUUAUUCCUCAUACUAGCCUUGUAAAUACUCUAAAGACAAUCCCCAAGGUUCUUUCUGGUAUUUCCCAUUGGAAACUGGAACCAGAUCUCCCAGACUGUGCCUCAUGGAUGCAGGAGGAAACGAACAAAUCUGGAAAUAAAACUUCUAAGCUGGGAAGGGUAAUGUGCUAUUCUUCAUAGCACCAAACACACUGUGAUGAAUUAUUAGUGUAAGUAUUUAAAGAUUGUCUUCUACCAGAUAAUUUAUUAUGCUACUAGUACAUUAUGGGAAGAGUUGCAUUUGCCUGGUUCACUACUUAGCAUGGUGCAUGGAACACAGUAGGCACUGAAUAAAUCAAUUAACAGGUGUAUGAGGACAUUUUAAGCCAUGGUAGGCUACUCCAGGCAGGGGGAUAUAAAGGUGUAACUUUACAGGAAAUACAUAUACAAGCAGAAAAAGACUGAAUGAUCAGUAAAAGACUGGUCAGUCUAGAAAUACAUACUAGUAUGUAUAAUUUAAAUAUUUUUCUCGUGCCAUGGCUAUUGCAUAUAAUAGAACUCGGCUUCCUACAGUUGAGGAACUUAACUAAAUUCAGGUCCUCUGGACAUUAUGACACAGAAGAAAAAAGAAAAAAAUUAACAAUUACUAUAUCAUAUGGAUGUCAUUUUAAGCAAGUGUAAAAUGUAAUAGUUAUUUAAUGUACAAUGUUAGGACUGGCUAAUUUUAAACAAGGUUAUAUUCUAGCCUUAUACAAUGUACUAAAAUAAAAUUCUAUAUGGAUUAAAGAUAUAAAUAUAAAGAAAUAAAAUUAUAGGGGUUCCAUACUAACAGGGAGAAUAUUUAAUAAUGUAAUUGGACAAAAACUUUUUUAAAAAGCAGAACAUUAAAGCCCAAAGUUAAAAGAAAUAGAAAGUUUAUCCACAUAAAUAUAAAAACCUAGUUGACAAAGACAUUUAAAGGGCAAAGGACCAAUUGGGAAAAAUAUUUGCAACAUAAGACAGUGAGUGCCAUUAGUAUAAACAAGGCUCUUACAAAUUAGUAAAAAAAAAAAAAUUAUAUAUAUAUAGUGAGAAGACCACAGGACGUAAACAAGUAACGAGUGUUCAACCACAUUUAUCAAAGAAAUCAAGAUUGUAUUUCUUACCUAUCAGAUAGCAGAUGAAACAAUAGUACUUAACUGAGCCCUUUCUGUGUGUCAGCCACUGUUUUUCUUUUUUUACUUUUAAAAGUUACCAUCAUUCAUAUGUAUAUAAGAACUUCUUGAGUUGUACAUUUAACAUUCAUGCACUUUAUGUAUGUUAUACCUUCAUUAAUAAGCUGUUUUGUUUGUAAACAGUUUGCCUUACAGUCUAUUGGAAAGGAAACCACUAUUGUGCUUUGGUUGGUCUGACCCUGUGCUCUCUGCCGGAUGCUGAGGUGAGAGAUGAUGGCAGCCACUGGGAAAAUAGCUCUGUUCCUGCUGAGGUUGAUGAAAUGUUCUCUUCAAACUUGUGGGGUAGUGUAUCGUCUAUGGCUCUGUGACAGUUAGAAAUCGCAAAAUUUGGUGUAAUGGUCUCUGCAACAAAAAUUUCAUUCUGAAUGAAUCUGCCAUCUGUUCUCAUAACACUUUAAUCAUGCAUCAAAUAUUAUAAAAAAUGCCUUGCAAAGUAGUUUGUGGUUUGUAUUCUUGUGCUUGUAUCCACUACUAUGGUAGGAAAGACAAGGACAAAUGAUGAGUCUUGCUUUCAUCUGUGUUUCCCUCAGUGCCUAGUAUAUAUAGUGCCUUUCAUUCGGUUGGAAUGUACAAUAAAUGUUCAUUAAACUAUUUUUUCUCUCUUUA